AUUUUGAUUAACAAAAUAAACAUUGUCACAAAAUAUCAAAUAAACAUAGUAUCAAAACAUAAAGCUUUGCUUAUGUGAGCACAGCUCAGUGUGUGUACUUUGAAAAUCCAACUCUUAGAAGUAUUGAGAUGUUCAAAUGACAUUUUAUUGUAUCCAUCAAUAUGCCAUUAGGACAAUGACAAUAAACAUCUAAUUCUGACAAAUGCAUGCGUUUGUUUUUAACUGUGUUUAAAAGUAGCAACAGUAAAAAUAAAGAAUCUUUGUCAUUUACAUUGCUUUGAUAUAUUUAUAAUUUUGACUAUACCAGGUCAUAUAAUUAUUCAAAUCAUAAUAAAUGAUAAUAAAGGAACCACAAUACAUACUCAUUAAUCGUUCUGUAAUAUUUAUAGCUUUGAAUGCACUUCCCUGAAUAGCUAUGGUUGUCUAAUUGUCUGCAUUGCUGCGAAACUGUUUCAUAGAUUUUGCGAAGUAUUUCUGAUGUUGACUUUGGCUGGUGUAUCUGUAAAACUGCAAACGAGGAAAUGAAACUGUUUUACAGUUACUUCUGCAAUUGACAGGCUACUCUUCCCCCACAUCCUGUCCUAAUGGGUGAAACAGUUUGCCGCUUUUAUAUCUGACUUCAGUAGGCAGGAUCAUUUUUUCAUAACAUGCGGAUUUAUCAGUAGUAUAAAAAUAUGUCUUAUUCGCACAUUAUAUAUACCAUUUAAACUUUUUUUAGACAAAUGCAAAAAAGCAUCUUGGAAGUUUUACAGGAUCAUGCAAAAUGAUUGCAAAGUGUUGGAUUUAUCUGCUUCUCCUUGGUCUGUGCUGCCAUCUGGAGAUCCAGCCUGUCGCCUGUAAACCUCGCUGGACAGCGCAGUUUCUAUGUGAUGUGACAACCUCCAAUUCCUCCGAGGUCCAAUUUGACUGCAGUGACCGCGCCCUAGAAUGGGUACCUAGUGGGAUAACCAGUAAUGUUACUGCUCUUGACUUAUCAAACAAUUACCUGAAGACCAUUACGGCUGAUGCAUUUUCCAACCUGAUGAAUCUGACUUGGCUCAGUCUCAACUUGGCAAACAUGUACAAGAAAGUGGUCUUUAAGGCAAGCCUUAGAAACCUAACAAAACUGCAAGAUUUGAAAAUGAGUGGCAAUGGCCUCGAAGAAAUUCCAAGCAAUCUACCUGUCAGUGUGGAAAUCCUUGAGCUGAGCAGCAACAACAUUACAAAUAUGAAUCAUACGAGCUUUGCCAGCUUACCAAACCUGACACAACUGUGGUUAUCCAAGAAUUGUUACUACUGGAAUCCAUGUGGCAAACCUGUGAAAAUCCAAAAUAACAGUUUUACCCACAUGACCAAAUUGAAAAAUCUGGAUUUGUCUUAUAACAACUUAAGUAAUGUUCCCAAAGGACUACCCCAGUCUUUAGAAAUACUUAAUGUGAGUUGCAACAAAAUACAGUACAUAUUUAGGGAUGAUUUUUCUGGCUUGAAUAAUUUAAAACUUCUUAAGAUAGAAGGGAACUGCCCCAGAUGUGAAAAUGCGCCAUUUCCCUGUGUGCCUUGCCCAAACGGUUCCCUUGGAAUUGACCCCUAUGCAUUUGAAAAUCUGUCUGAACUUGAGGAAAUCAAUAUGGGGGGAAACUCCCUAGAGUAUCUGAAUCCAUUGUGGUUUAAGAACCUGAGGAAGCUUAAACAUCUUCUCCUUUCAUUUAACUUUUUACUCAGAGAAGUUACUGGAAAGGCUGAAUUUCUGCGAUACCUCCCAAGGCUUGAAGUGCUUGAAUUUUCUUUCAACUAUGCUUUAAAACUUUAUCCUGAAACCAUUAAUCUUUCAACUGAGUUUUCGAAUCUUCAGUCAUUAAGAACCUUGCAUAUGCAGGGUUUGGUCUUCCAGAAUAUUAAACCGGAUACGCUCAAGCCUCUCUAUGAAAUUAGAAACCUAUCUGCUUUGAAUUUGGGGACUAACUUUAUUAUUCAUGCUGAUUCCACUGUCUUCAACAAAUUUCAUCCAUUGAAAAUGAUUUAUUUGGCAGAAAACAGGCUGUAUCCCACUCCACAGAAACAGCUUUCAAAUUCAGUAGAGAGAUAUGUUCAAAGGUCAGACAUCUCUGUUUCUUCAUAUAUUGAACUUCCUCCGAAAGACUUCAACUUUGAAUUAUCCCAUGGCCUUAUAAAGCAACAGUGCUUUAACGCUGGACGGGUUCUUGUCCUCAGUUCAAAUAACUUGUUCUUUAUUUCACAAAAGCAAUUUGAAGGUUAUGGAGAUAUUGCGUGUCUGAAUCUAUCUAGCAAUGGAUUCUCUGCUGCACCAAAUGGCACAGAGUUCUCAUUACUGCCUAAUUUGACCUACUUGGACCUGUCCUUCAAUAAGAUUGAUCUGGCUUAUGACAAUGCCUUCCAGGAACUGAAGAAACUCGAAGUGCUAGACCUCAGUUGGAAUGACCACUAUUUUAAAUCUUUUGGAGUAACACAUAAUUUAAACUUCCUAAAAAAUUUGCCUGUCCUGAGAGUGCUGAAUAUGAGUCAUAACUCAAUUUCUACUUUAACAACAAAACAGAUGCACAGCAGAUCUUUAGCAGAACUACAAUUUACACAUAACAAGCUUGGAACUCUUUGGAAAGUAGGUGAUGACUCAUAUAAGACUCUUUUUACCAACCUCACUAAUUUGACAGUUUUAGAUAUUUCGUGGAAUGACAUUGAAAAAAUUCCUGAUGAUGUUUAUGAAAAGCUCCCUCGCAACCUAACUGAACUACGAAUAAGUAAUAACAAAAUGACAGACUUUUCAUGGGACAGGCUGACUUAUUUCCAUCAGCUUAAAAUUUUAGACUUAAGUUACAAUUUGUUGUCCAACAUAGCAGAUAUUAAAACAGUUACUAGUUUCUCUUUGACUUUUCUUUAUCUGACUCACAAUCAGAUAUGUCACCUGGAAAGUUUCUUUUUCAAAGGCAUGAAAAGCCUUGAGACUCUGAGCCUCAGCUCCAACAAGCUGGCUAUCAUCAAUCAAUCCACCUUCCAGCCCAAACCGGAGAAUCUUAAGACUUUAUUUUUACAGAAAAAUCCAUUUCAAUGUACAUGUGAUUCUUUGGAUUUCCUUGUAUGGAUUGGAAAACGACAAAUAAGGAUUCCUAGAUUAACAACUGAGGUGAGAUGUGCAAUGCCAUUAAAGGACAGGAACAAGCCACUUAUAUACUUUGACAUUGAUCAAUGUGUAAAUGACGAUAUGGCAUUCAAGAUGUACGUUCUCACAACAUUCUUCCUUAUUUUCUUCAUGUUUGUGGCAACAGUUGCUCACUUAUUUUACUGGGAUGCUUCUUAUGUCUUGCACUACGUCCAGGCUAAACUGAAGGGAUACAGACCCUUGUCCUCACAGGAAAAUAUUUACGACAUCUUUGUGACUUAUGACACCAAAGAUCCACGUGUCUCUGAGUGGGUAAUGAUGAAUCUGCGGGUGAAAUUGGAAGAGGAGGGCAAUAAACUUCUUCCUUUGUGCUUGGAAGAGAGAGACUGGCCUCCAGGAGUCCCACUAGUGGAUAACCUUACACAGAGUAUCCAAAACAGUCGCAAAACCCUGUUUGUCUUGACGGAGGGCUACGUUAAGACUGGGGUGUUCAGACUGGCAAUGUAUAUGGCCCACCAGAGACUGCUGGAUGAAAAUGAGGAUGUGAUUGUUCUGCUGAUGCUCGAACCUGUCCUGCAACAUUCUCACUUCUUGCGCCUCAGGAGGAGGCUUUGUGAGAAAAGUGUUGUGGAGUGGCCCAGGACUCCAGCUGCUGAGCCCUGGUUCUGGCAGAACUUGAGAAGUGUUGUAAAAGUGGAUAAUCAAAUUAUGUACAGCAAAACUUAUAAAAAGUUUUUCAGCAGCAAGUAGGGAUAAAGAUAAUAAUUCUUGAGAAUAACCUACUAAUUGUUUGAGCAUUUUAAACAUGUCAUUAUUUCGUAUAUGUCAUUGCGACUGUGAUUCUUAGUAAAUUUGAUCCUGCACUUUUGAAGAAAUAAAAUUGAGAUAGUACUGUACAUGACCAUGUUUUCAUGUGUAGGUUAAAGAGGGUGGCUGUCAAAGGCAAUUAGUAUUUUAUAUCAAGAAAUAAACAAAUACAUAAUCACUGACUGAGUUUACUUCACGUUAAACCUUACACAGAGCUAACCUUACACAAGUGACCUAAAAUUGUUUCUGUAUAUUUAGUUUUUCCAUUGUUUCUGUUCUGCAGGCUGUCAUGACAUGAAAACAAUUUAAGAUGUUACUGUAGCUCAUCAAACGGACCCACAUAUUUCACUUUAAGCUAAAUAUUUUUAAUUUGUAUAGGACCAAUUCAUAACACCUGUUAUUGUAAGGCACUUUAUAAAUAAAAAUAAACCUAUUUAUCAAACCAUGCAGUCAAAUUUGUUUCAUUUUUGAAAUUGGUCGUUUUCUGUUCUAGAAAACCAAGAAUUGCAUUAAGUCAAAAAAAAACACGACACUACUACAUUAAAUAUGCAACUUUCUUUUGUACAUUUCUGUUCAUAAUGGUUAUUAAAAUGUCUUUUAAAGCCUUUAUUCUGGUUGUUGAGCAGCUAAUGGCACACUAAUGGCAAUACAAAGUAAAAAAAGAAAAAAGUAUCGACUUAAUUAUAAAACUAAUCAAUUAAAUGGAUAAAAUGAUGCAACAGAUUCAACUUAAAUACAAUAAUUGUGACUCAACAUGUUCGUCUUGGAGUAUCAGACUGGGGUUAAUAGGUUUGUCAUCAUCAUGAUUGUUUCAGGGUUGAGUGGCUAUCUGAUUAAUGAGUUGUAUUUUUAGGUCUGCAUUGUGUAAGUUUUGCUCAUGGUCUUUGGUUUGCAGCAUAAGAAACCUGAAAGAGUACAUUUGGACUUAAUUUUAUGUUUUUCUGAUAUCUAAUCAAUAUGCUAAAAAGACUGAUCUUUGUCUUUUGAACAUGUCUAUUUCAAAUUAUGUUUGACACAUAAAAUACAAAUGUUUAUUUAAUUGCUUUUAUAUUUUUGGGACUGUGAAACUGUGGGUCUACAGUACGAUGAUAAUAAUCUCUAAAUUGUAUGCAACGUUUAAAUCUUAUGAGUAAACCAAAAAAAAAUAUAUGAAACGAUGGGAAACUUA